AAAAUGAGGUUAUUUCAUAUUUAAAAAAACAGUUGUUAAUAUUAUUUACAGCAUCUAUAUUGAUUGUAUCGGUAUUUAUAAUCUCGUGCACUUUUUAUAAACGGUAAAUUGUUUCAUUCGAUUUCUUUAAUACGAAAACAAUAGAACAAACAAUGACAAAAUAAUUGUAUAUUAAAAUCCUAACUGAAAAUAAGAAUACCUAACUUAUAUUUUAAAGCCAAGAAUAUUCAGUUUAACAGAAAAUGACUCGAUAUGCAAGAUCAAAGGGUUCAAAAGCUUCGAAUGAAAAAGUAGCUGAUGAACCCACACCGUGGCAUGUAAUGAAGCAACAGUUAGCAGAGAAUUUAUCCAAAAAAGAGAAUCGUCCGAUAAAAAAUAAAUCUGCAAAAGAGUUGUUGCAAGAUAAACAAGAUGUGUUUUACUGUGACGUUGGUAAUGUUAAUAACGAUUGGGCAGAAUUUGAAGAUAAUUCUCCAACAAAAAGCAUUAAUUCGGUAACAAAAGAAAUUAAGAAGAAGCAGAAAACACCUCAACAUUUAAAUAAACCAAAGAAGAAUAAAAAUGUAUCUGUAAGCAAAGUUAAAGAUCUUAAUAAAGAUACAGAACACAUAAAUAAUGUUAACAUAGAAGCAACGCAUAGUAAAUCAAACGAAAUAAGAAAACAGAUUAAACGCAAAGAUAGGAAGCCUAUAGACGUGCCAAUAAAAGAAAGUGAUGUUUCACAAAUUGAAAAAAAUGAGAAAAAUACACAUAACGUAGUAACAGAAAAUGAUGGUGGGUUAUCUAAACGACAAAAACGUAAUAUGAGAAAGCAAAAGAAAAAUUCAUGUGAAAAUACUUCAGAAACUGAUGUAAGCUCUAAUAAGCAAAAGAAAAAAUUUAAAAAUAAUAGUAAUGCUAAUAAAGAAAUAGAAAAUAAUCAAAAUAAUAAUGAAAAUAGAAAUGAAGGAAACGAUCGCGGCAUUAAGCAAUUUAAUAACAAAUUUACCAAUAAUUCGAAUAAUUUUAAGACUGUUCCAAAUAAAUUUCAUUCAAAACAGUUUGAAAAUAAUAGAGUCAAUAAAAGAAAACUUCCUAAAAUUAGGGAUGAUAAGGAACACAAAAGGAGGAAAGCAGAUUUAGGUCCUACAAAAAUGGUUAUCAAUGGUAUUGAAAUAGAGAUAGUGAAGUUUGAUGGUUUUCCAGUUAAAAAAGAAGAUGCAGAAAGAUUGGGUGACUUAAAACAAAAAAUGAUUAUAAAAGGUAUUCCAAAGAAAGAAAUAGAUAUAGCAAUGAAACUGGAAAGAAGGAAAGCUGAAAAAGCAUUAGCACGUAUUAGGAGGUGUGUUUGUUUCCAUUGCCGGAAGGCAGGUCACAAUUUAUCCGAUUGUCCUGAGCUUGGAGUCGAACAAGCGGGAACCGGAAUUUGCUUUAAGUGUGGCUCAACAGAACAUACUCAUUUUGAAUGCAGAGUAGCAAAGCCAACAGAAUUUCGAUACGCGACUUGUUUCAUUUGUCGAGAACAAGGACAUAUUGCUAAACAGUGUCCUGAUAAUCCCAAAGGAGUUUAUCCACAAGGAGGUUCUUGUAAAGUCUGUGGAGAUGUUACCCAUUUGAAAAAGGAUUGUCCAGAUUUAAUUAAAGAAAAAGAAGAGAACACCAUUACAGUAAACUCGAUCGCAAAUGAUAGCGUAGAAUCCUUGGAAGAAAAUGUGAAAUUUACCCAUGAAAAAGAUAACAGCAAAUCUAAAAAAGUAGUGAAAUUUUAGUAUAGACAAAUAUAACAUACAUACUUGUACAAAGUAAAAUCCUUUUUUGUACGUGCUUCAAUAAACUAACACCUGCUUUGUAAACAUAAGAUUUAUUGAAAGGUACAUGUGUUCGACAUGUAUGUACAUAUACAUUUUCCUCGUACGUACAUUUCAGUGUUAUUAAAACACUACCAUAUCACGAAAAAUCUGAUAUCAAAUAAGACAAUGAAUAUCUUCAUAAUUUAUAUAUAUAUUGCCUAUUUACAUCACACUCGAAUUUAUAAAUCAGUUAAAACUUUUUACAUAUUAGUUGUACAAUGAAAUUGUGAAAUUACCUAGUUGUUUAAAUAAAUUUUCCUAAAAUAAAGGAGUAAGUUAUUUAUUUAAUUCAGUGAUAUCAGAUUUUUGUCUAUGUACAGAAGAGAAAUCACGAAGAUAUAUUUAGAUGUAUGAAUAUUAUCUGUACAUAGCAGUAAUUUGUUAUACAUAUACACCAGCAUCUUUUG